GCACUGUAUUGACACUUCGUCGAGGAUGUCAAAGUGUGCGUGCAAAAAAAGCAUAGAGGAAAACCACGAAAAUUGUUUUUUCCUCUUACGUGUAGUCUUUUAAGAAUAUUAGACUUCUUCUUAGGUCUCCUCAAUGUUUAGUGAGUUUAGAAGUAGAUAAAUCAUGUCUGUGUUAAGUGAACAGAACUGUGAUGUUCAUCUGCACGCGGAGAUUGAGGUGCUGAAGCAGGCUCUGGCCGAUAAGACCACCCAGCUGAUAGCAAUGGAGACUGCCUGCCUGCGGGAGAGCGAUAGGCAGGUAGAACUCGAGGACAGCAUAAUAGCGUGGCAGGACAAAUACGAUCGUCUGUAUGAAUCCCACAAGCGUGUCCAAAAGGUCAAUCAAAAUCUCGAGGACAAGUUGCUGAAGUUGGUGGAUAGGAAUUCAGGCGAAAGAGCUCAGUUGACUAGCGAUGUAGCCACACUUAGUGUCCGUCUCGCUCAGGCCAACUACAAUAUAGCCAAUCUUCAGCGGGAAAUCGAGCGUUACAAGAUGGAUAUGAGCUUAGCUAUUCAACUGCUUCAGUGCAAGCCAGAUAGUUUCGUAUCGCAAAAGAUAUCAUCGCUUCCGGCGGAAAUUCAGUCAAAAGUAGCAUCGUAUAUGCGCCUGGACACAAACUCCCAUUCAGACUCUGAGGGGAGUACUAGUGGCACAGUGGAUGGCACCACGAGGUCCUAUCGUGUCCUUCCGGCCUCAGAUAGUCCCCCACCACUCUGCCCAUUCCCUCCAACGGCGAUGGUAUACUCAAUGCGAGGACUUGGUAAGUAUGCAGCACAAAAUCCUGAGGUACGCGAUCAAGUCAUAACACCUUCAAUGAUGUCAAAAUUUCUCGAGGAUGAGCUCAAGUCUAGCGAAUUGAAGCACUGCGAGAGUUGUCAGUGCAAUACCAAAGAUCUCACGGUGCUCCCAGAUACGCAGAAAACCUACACCAUUGGCACACAAACCCUCCUCCAUGGCGAUGCUAAUAAUUCUCUCUGCUUACGCUGCAAUAGUAACCUAAAUUCACCGUCGAGGACCAACAGCCCGUAUAUCAUGAAACUGGUCAAGUCAAGUGACAGUGUCAUUAGUGAGACAAAGAGUAGCGUUUCAAAUUCCACUCAGAAUGAGAAAUUGUUUACACCAGCGAAAAAGGAAGAGCUAAUGGUGAAUCCCAUUCUUGGGCACCAUAGGAUCUGUGAUCGCACAAGUCUCAAGAGUCCUUUGGAGCCACUAACGGAUCCAGCUGAUGUGGCUGAGGCUGAUAAAGUAGCGGUUAUUCUGCCUCAGACACCGGGUACUAAAACACCUAAAUCCAUUAGCAGUCCGGAUAAGGGUCCAGGAACGAUGGGUAGCACAAAUAGUCUAUGGAGCAAAACGAGCAGUUCGGAGGGGAACAAGAUGUUUGAGACGUUCAAUAGGAAUCUUAUUAAAACCAUUAAGUCUGAAAACCCAAAGAUCAACGGGCCACGUCUGUGCUCGGUGCGCAUCCAGAAUGGCUCAACUAAUAUCCUGCUAGACGGAGUGGAAACAAGUCCAACUCCCGUCAUCUAUACUCGUCGUCAACGUUUUCUGGACGAAGAAUUGGAUGACACCAAGGACGUAAUCACAAAUCAAGGCAGCUCCUGCGAUACUGCCAAGAUAUCCAUGGUGAUGGCCAAUGGGAAUAAAACGGAUUCGGAAAAGUGUCUGGAGGCGGCUCAGGGUGUUGGGGAGGAUACGAAGGAGGCUGUUAAGAAAUUCAUGAAAUCAACAGGAACUCAGUCUAGUUCAGUGUCCAGUGACACAGAGAUGCAGGAAACGGUGUUGCUGCGAAGGCAACAACUGACGCGUGUAGCUGAAUGGGUGCAGACGACACAGUUGGACAGACGAACGACGCUUCCGGAUGCCUCACCAGGGGUCAAUAACAACGUCGAGGGGCCACUGACGGAGGAAGAGCACAAUGCAAAAACUCACUGUGAUGAUAGGAAAGUGUCUGGGGAUCAAUCGACGACUGUCGUGGAAGUUUCUCCUCAGUGUGUAAAUGGGAAUGAGAGGAUUCCUCCGGCUAAUCCAGUAGAUUUGGCCCAGAUGGAGUAUAAUGUGAAGCAAUUCCUAUUGAAGCAGAAUGAAUGGUCAAUUCACAACAAAAAUGCCGCACCAUUAGUCAGCAAGCCGCACAGAACUGAGACAAAUUUGUAGGAUGGCUUCAAGUAGGAGGAACAGUGAUUCUCAUGUGACCGCCUGGCGACCACAAAAUGACUAUUCCACUCCCAAGUAACGAAUUUCUUUAAUUUAUUCACAUUCCAUGUUCCACGAACAUUUUACAUUUGAUUGUUCUAUUUUGUUAAAUUUGUAUUUUUUGUACAUAUAUACAUUUUUUUUUUGUUAUCUAGUAAUUAAUUUAUU